AUGUGCUCCACGUGCCUGUGCCGCCUGCCCCGCCACGAAACUAUUAACUACUCGGGCUACCCGUGGAAGGUCGACCUUCGAGUCCGGCACAUUUUGCACGUCAAAAUAGGCUCCGGACAGAGUCACAGCCUCUGCUAUGGCGGCACGAUGGGCAACGGAUAUUUUCGAACGUCACAAACGUCGUCGUCGUCACGCCAGCGGGAAAAGCGAGGCAAGGACAGCUAUAGCUACCAGCACAAUUACGUGGAUCGGGUGCGUUUAGAGGACACCACUGGUGGACAUUACUACAACAAUCAGCACCAGCAAGCCACACACGAUCCGAGGUGUCCGCAGUUGAGAGCCGCUGGCUGGAGACACACGCACAAAUCCGUUUCCCAUCUCGACUUGGCCACCAGCUGUCAUGAUGCAGCUGGAACUGGCUUAGGUCGCCACUCGCAGCAGCUACACCACCACCACAGCAGCCAGGUGAAUCAGCACCACCAGCAGCAGCAGAGUCACCACCAUUUGCAGCACGCCAGCUCGCACUCCCACCAUCCACACGCCCAGCCUCACUGGACGCAGUGCCGGGUGGGCGGGGCCGGAAGCGGAAACGGGCAGCUGAGGAACGCCCGAUCGCUGGACUACACGCAACUCGAGCGGGAGGAGAACGCCUUGGACAUCGCCGAGUUCUAUUGGCGAUUCGAUGCGGAAGCUCCGCUCGACCAAGUCGAUAGCUACGCGGUACUACCAAUCAAUGAACACUUUGAGCCCUCGGCUGCAACACCAACGGCUGUAGGAUCAAAGGAGACAACCACAACCUGCCCCACCACAGUAGCCAGCAAGGCAAAUGGUGGUGCCACCACCGCCGCAACCACUGCCGCUGCAAACGCCCUGCUGGACAUUUUGGGCAGCGAAUCGUGCAGCUUGAGAAGAUCGCGCAGUUUGGCCGUAAUACGUGAGGAGACAUUUAGCGACCUGCAAAUUGGAUCGGCCAACAGCAGUCGUCGCCGAUCGCAGCUAAUACCGCGUGCCCGGCUCGUUAAUCGCGGAUUUUUCCGCGAAUCGCCCCGAUUGAACGGCAAACAAAAUCAGGCGACCUUGGUGGGUGAGCAGCCAGCGGAUCAGCCUACGGCGGAUGACACCCAGAGCCAGAGAAGCAACUCGGCCACUUGCGAUUCGCAUCAGCAGCAGCAACAGCAGCAGCACCAGCAACAUCAACAGCAGCAACAUAGGCGGCUUAGCAGAGAAUCGCGUGACUUUGAUGUCUACUAUGAUAAUCUGAAACGCUUGGACGCCUUGGCUUUGAAUCUGAGUGAGCAAUUGCAUCCUUGGCACAACGACAAGAGCGACUUGGAGAGCUUGAACUCGGAUUACUUCAAAAAUUCAUUGCAUCAGAACCAUCUGGAUCAGCAGCAACCAUCAUCCCUGGAAUUCGAAGCUCUCGAACAGGUGGCAGCUAGUUUGCUCAAGGAAAGACCAAGGAUUUAUCAAUCAAGGCGACAGCAGCAGAACAGGAAUAACCAUCACUCCAAUUGCCUGCAACGUCACCUGGACACGGGAGGAGAAUCUUGUCCAGAACACAGCCAGAGCAGUGUUUUCCCAGAGACUACAACCAGUAACUCAGAUGAUCAGACCGAUAGUCCAUCGCUUUCGGAACAGGAAUACGACUUAACCCACAUCGAGGAGAUCUACCAGCAGGGUAACAACGGUGAGGAGAGCUACGAGAUCAUAAGUCUUACAACAACAACAAGGACACGUUUCGAAAGCAGUGAGGAGGGCGAGGAGGAGCAAACUGGAGAGGAAGUUGUGGACAGUCUGACCACGCCCACGGAACCACAGACCAGCGAUAGUGAGAGCACAUUAAGGCAAAACCACAACGAACAGUUGGACAAACUUAUAGCUUAUGAUUCUGUUUACCUCUCCUCAGAAGAUAGUUCAGAUUGUACUUUAGUUGGCGAAAGUUGCGAGUCCUUCGAGCAGAGAACUUUCACUAGUUGUGGCGAAAGUGGCGAGUUGGAAACCCGCAGCUUACUACACAUUUCAAUUGAGGACACGGUUUAUGAACCCCAAGCGAAGCAGCACAAAAAGGCCACAAAUCAAGAAGAUCAACCUGCUCCUCUGAUAACCAGCACAGCCAAAGUUGAGGCACAGAUCUUUACACAAGUUUUAAAGGUAGAACACACUCCGAAACCCAAGAUCCUGGCAGUAGUGGAAAAGCGUAAGCUAAAACAGGAGGAAGUCAAGCAGCAACCGCCGGAACUGAAACGCCAGGCAACCGACUCUUUCGUGGUCACUGCCAACAAGUCCAAUCUCGCAGAGAAUCAGUAUCAUAGCCUGCCUGAUGUUAACAUAGGAGUUAGUCUGAAGGUCUGCGAGAGCAUCGACAAGGAGCUUAGAUCAUCCUACAAUCAGCAGAGGCAGCAGCAACGCAAGGAAGCCAAAAAGGAGCAGCAGGUGACCCGGGCAGAAACGUACGAUUCCAUUAGACGUUUUGGACGCGCCCAUCAAAAAGCCAGGCAAAGGGAAUACCAGGAAAGGGAAAGAGAACGUGAAAAAGAGGCGUCAGCGGCUCUUCAGGAAAAGGACAAGGAACGGGAAAGAGAAAAGCCAAAGAUAAACAAGGAAUUUUCCGCACAGGAGCGGCAAAUUGAAGUGAAAGGGACGACAAAGUCUCAAGAUAUAAUCAAAGAAAAAGAGCAAGUAUCCAUAAAGGGAGAGGCUGAGGACGACGAGGAAGAGGAACCACUGCCACCACCGCCGCCACCUUUGACCGAGGAGUCUCAACAGGAGGAUACUGUAGCGGAUGUAGAAGAGGAGGACAAUCUGUCCGUAUCCAUUUCACAGCCGGAACAACCCAAGGAGGCGCCCGUCAUCGAGGUGGCCAAUUUCAGCAAGCUAAUCGAGCGUCGUGCCCAGGAAAUCCGCGAGCGACAGGAGCAAAUAAAGCCAUCCUUUCAAAUAAUCGUCACCGACGCUCAGAACAAUAUCAUCCAGAAGGAGGCAAUUCAGGAGAGCAAGGUAACCAGCCAAAGGAUUGAACCCAAACCCAACCCGAAAACAAAUUCUAACUCGAGCUCAACUUGUAAUCUCGUUCAGCGCCCUCUUCGCCGCUCUGUGAGUUCCUCGAGUGGCAAACCGCUGGAACAUCGCAUCCUUAGCACUGGUGCCCCAAUUUACAAGGCCCGACCUGUCAGGGUUUUGCCCUCCUCCAGCAGCGAUUCGAGCUUUUCCAGGGGCAAAAUGUCACGACCCCAAAUACUGCAUGUGGUGGAUGGACGUGGAGGAGUUGCGGGCGGAGGAGCAGGUGGCACCCUGCGAAGGAGGAGCAGUGCCAGGAGCAUAGCCAGCACAAUUAGCUCGCCGGGUGGUGAGGUGGCUAAUGAAUAUCUGCAGAAAGUGGAUGCAGUCCGAUGCUAUUGGAACAAACUGGCGGGCAAUGAACCGGAAACACUAAAAACAGAGCAGCCGGCAAAGGAAACCCAGCCAGGCAUUCACUUCCAGUUGGGUGGAGAGACCACAACACAAGGCACGGAUAAAUCCGCUGUUGGCAAUGACUUCUGCAGCAUGAUGCCACAUCCCUCUAUUGAAAUUGUAGAACUAGGUGAGGGUGCCCAAAAAGCCACCAUUGUAAAGGCUGCUCCGGAACGAGAGGAGGACCCAGAUGAGGAUCAGGAUCAGUUCGAUCACAUAAGGUAUAAGGUUCUGAAGUCUCAGCAACUGAUUCGCAACAAUUUCCUCUCGACCAGAAAUAAAAAGGAGGCCCAGUUUGAUGGUCUAAUUCAGUACCUGCAGGAAUAUAGUUUCCAGGAGCUGCUGAGCAACAAUAAUGUGGUGAUAGUUGAGCCUGUAAGGACCAAAAUAGAACGACCUCUGCAGGUGGGAAUUAACAGUGGUUCUACAACUACGCCUACGACUGUUCCACCCCCGAAGCCUCCACGGGUUGUUAAUGCCUCCGCUUCCCAGCCACGAAAAACGCGGCAAAGACAAACGGGAGGUGCGGCUGCCAAACGACAUUUCUUCUACCAACCUGUGCGGGUGAAUAGAGAGCUCUACGAAGAUGAGCUACCAGAUCCUGACACAGUUCGCAAUGUUCGUCGCUUUUUUGAGCAGAAUGUCCUGCCAACUCCCGGUCAGGGAUUAUUGGUGCAAUCCCAGCAAAAGUUUGGUGGCUCAGCCUGUCAAUUGAGUCCCAAAUCGAGGAGAGCUAGGGGUUACCGAUACCUGACAAUUGAUACGAGUUAUGGAGGAGAAGAACAACCCAAAGGCAUGGAGAUGCUGGAGGAGCACAAGGCGAAGCACUGGGACAAUGCCAGUCUAUCAAGUGGAAUUUCCAGUGGUGAUUUAAGUUCCCCCUGCGGGGAAUAUCAUCAUCAGGAAUCCCCGGUGAUGGCCUGCAAGGAUGUCCAUGUUCAGGACGUUGUUCGGAGGCACAAUAGCAAUGCUGCCAAUGCCAAAGCUCGAGCUAAAUUCGCCAGCCGACGCACCUGGUGUAUGGGUGCUGGAGGACCAGGAGCAAAUGAAUCCCUUUAUCGGCAAAUUUAUGAAAAUAAUUUGGGAAAUUCUGACCAGCAGGAAAAUGGAGAACAUCUGGAGGAAGAGGACGACGAACAGGAUGACCAGUACGAGGACGAUGUGGAGCAGGACAUGUGCGAGAAUUAUUACGUCAGCAAUGACGUGCUGGCCAAGAUAAGGGAGUGCGGCUCAACUGUCACCUACUACGGAGGAAGGGUGAUGGACAAGACCGCAACCAGCAACACAGUUCCGUCCACAAAAACUACUCAACCGAUGACGGGGAGUGCCACCCGCUCCCGAAUCCGUCAAAUCGAAGCCUGCAAUGUGUGCCUCCCGAGCGAGAGAUGCGAACAUCGAUUGCAAACCAAACAAGCUGCAGCUGAGCAGCAGCAGGACUCCUAUCAAGGCAUCAAAUUUAAGUUGGUAAAGUCGAACAGCUGCAGCAGUCGCCUGGAGUUGGCCGGAACUGGAGAAGAUGAGGUCACCGCCGACAGCGAGGUGGUUCGAAAAAUGGUACAUCACUUUGAGGCGAAUCAGACAACGGCAAGUAAUGAUGUCCAAGUGACCAUCAACAGUCAGAGUCAGAUAACGUCGACGAAAAAGGAGCCGGAGGAGGAUGUGCCGCGCCGCCAAGUGACAGUAAAUAAUCACAUCAAUGUGCUUGGAGACACGAUGCCCCAGGAGUCCCAGGAGAAGGCUGAAAACUUUAAUGGCCGGCCGGAGGAGAAUGGCGCUGUGGACGCCGUGCCCACAUACGAAAGUCAAGCCAUGAACAUACGCCUCGAUGCGACUGAGAAUAAGAAUAUCCUGCAAACUGCCGCUGCGACUGCUGCUGCCAACAAAGUUUGCCGCAAUAAAAACGUUGACUUGGCCUACACGCUGGUGAAGACAACGGCAAAUCCUCCCAAGGGCAAGCCCAUCGAAGCACCGCGCCAGAAAAUUGGAAAACAACUGCGCGAAGUAGAGGAAAAUGUGGAAAAAGCAGCCGUGACAAAGGCCGCCAUCAAGCUGACGAAGAGCGCCCCAUCGCAAAUCAUUGUGCCCGUUGAUAUUCACAGUCAGGCCUCGAUAGUUGCACACACUGCCCCGAUUCCAGAGCGUCGACUGAGCAAUGCGAGCAGUAGUAACUCAGUGGUGGACAAGACCGUAGUUCGGCAUUAUGUGGCCAAUGAUAAGAGCAUCUACGAGCGGCGCAAGUACGAUGAGAUUGAGUUCGAGGAGUUCGAGGUCUACGAUCCCAGCAAGGAGCCACCACCCCAAGUGGAGGAAAGCCCCGAAAAAAUACCCACAGAUGCAGAGCUCUACGACAGCCUGGAUGACAAAAUGUAAUCAGCAAACUAAUGCUCAAUGGAAACACAAACGGCAACGACGACUUCUUGGGGUUUCGGGUUAAAGCUUAAAUCUAAAAACACAUCUCGUAGUUAACCAUAUUGGUAGCCUAAUUUAGCUUUACAGGUAAAGCCAAAAAGAUUAUACCAUAAACUAUCCAAAGUAUGAUAUAUAUUAAUAUUUAAUCUUAAUUUGCAAAACCAACUUCUGUACAACCGUACAUUGUAAGUUUAUGCUUAAAUAAAUAUGCAAUUUAUUUAUCGAGUUGUGA